AUGUCUAAGGGGGCCUUUGUGAAGAUAUGUGCCGAGCAUUUCAUAGAUAUGGAGGGCAUAACAUACGACUGCGACGAGAUCCCGUUUGACUCGCUGCUGGCUGAUGUCUGGUUCUACUGCGUAGUCGUGCUGUCACAGAGAAAUGUGGUGCUACCAGUCUACGACAAGAUUGUUACUGGAAAUGACACGAUUACACUCGAUACGGUUUCACGAGGAAUCUCCGUCAUGGUGAGGAUGUAUGUGGACAUGCUGAGUAUGUUCUCUUGUUUCGUGAGUACGUACAGAGACAUCUGCAGGUCUCUGGAACACGACUAUGACCCAGCGCUGCCAUCAAACUCUGAGCGGCUGACGGAACUCGCACAGAUGCACAUAGAGGGCCAGCUGGUAAAGUUCUCGGCCGGUCAGCACAAGUCGCGCUACAACUGCCCCGUCCAUGCGCAGACCUACUGUCCGGACGAAGGCUACACCAGCUUGGACCUGUCUCUCUACCUGCCCUACGCACCGUUGAUCGUCAGGCUGAAUCUCAGUGGGAACGGCAUUGCCGAACUCCCCGACGACACGUUCCAGCGUCUGCCGUCGCUCCACCACCUCGACGUCUCCCGCAACCGCCUGCGCCGGCUUCCAGAGGGAGCCGCCGGUGCGCGCUGCCUCGCCACGCUCCUCGCGUCCGACAACGACAUCGCGGAGCUUCCCGCGGGGCUGCCCGCCUCGCUGGCGACCCUCGACGUCUCCGGCUGCCCGCUGGAUGGACUUCCCGCCCGUGUGUUUGCGCUGCCUGCUCUGCGCACGCUGGUGGCGCGCUCUAUAAUGCUCGCCGCGCUGCCGCCGGACGUCGCCGACGCGGCGAGCCUCGUCACGCUCGACGUGUCCGAACACCAGAUGGCGCUACUGCCCGACGUGAUGUCGCGGCUGACCGGUGAGGAGGAUGUGAUGUACCAGUGUGACCUCUCCCCCAUAUGGCAACUUUCCCUGACCUUGAUCUCCCCCAUGGCAACUCCCUGA